GCCACCUUUUUUCCAACGCUUGACUACGGAACCGUUGUUUUGGCAUCUCGAUACUCUCGAUUUGUUUCAAGCUGCAAAAUCUCGAUUGAUCCGGCAUUCCGUCCAUCCUUUUUUUCCACCUUUUGGUGCGCGGUAUUUUCGACAAGUAAUGCCGAAAGCCAAGUAACUCAUUGACGAUAUCAUCGAGUGGUGGCCGGUAGCAUGGGUGGAGGUGAAAAGAAGAGAGGAAAGAAUCCCAGACAAGGCGCUAGUACGCUGUCAAUCCUCACCUUUGCGUGGCUCUACGAAAUAUUCCUCACCGGUUUUCGUCGGGAACUGGAUCUGUCGGAUCUCUAUGAUCCUCUGGGCGAGCACUCGAGCCACAAUGUCGGGGAGCAGAUGCACGGCGAGUGGAAGAGGGAACAGGAGAGAUGUGAAAAUUUGAAUGGCCGGCAAGGUCCAAGCCUCGCGAGAGUCAUUAUAAAAUGCUUCGGAAGAGAAAUCUUCGUUGGCGGGCUUAUCCAAUUUCUAUUGGAAUUCAUCGUAAGAUUAUCCAGGCCGUACAUUCUAUUGGAAUUGUUGCGUCACUCGAGCAGCGGCGGAAAGAACAAGUCGGACUUGCCGGCCAACGAGUGCGCGGCUUACGGCUGGGCUGGGGCGCUGGUGGCCGGUAUCUUCAUCGACUGCGUCGUAUCGCACGUGUGCGUCCAGAGCCUGAUGCACACGGGGAUGAAGAUACGAGUCGCGUGCUCGUCCCUGAUCUACAGGAAAGUGCUCCGAAUGACUUUCACCGCCAACGAGUCGAGCGUCGGCCAGGUCUUGAAUUUGCUGAGCAACGACGUCAGUAGGAUCGAUCACGCGGUGUACUAUUUGCACUACAUUUGGAUGGGCCCUCUGCAAGCUCUCCUGGUAUUCUAUUUUCUCUGCAGGGAAGUUGGCUUUGCCGCGAGCAGCGGUAUCUUGCUGCAGCUGCUCUUUAUACCGCUUCUCGGACUUUUUGGAAGAUUAACGAAUCGCCUGACUAGCAAAUACACGGCCCGAACUGACGAGCGCCUCGUACUGACCAAUGAGAUAAUCAAGGGCAUCAGGGCCAUCAAGAUGUACGCGUGGGAGAAGCCAUUUUCGACACUCGUCGAACAAGUUAGAAAAAAAGAACUGGAGUCGGUGAAAAAAGAGUGCGUAAUAUCGGACAUGAGUUUGGCCUCGGAAUUUUACAUACCCCGGCUUUGUAUCUUCAUGACCGUACUGGCGUACGUAUUGCUGGGCAACGAUGUAAACGCCGAAAAUGUGUACGUCGUCACGGCAUUCUACGAUGUGCUCCGACUGAGCAUGUACACGCUGUUUCCCAUGAGUUUGCACGGCGUAGCCGAGGCACAGGUGUCCCUGAGGCGGGUGCAAAAAUUCAUGCUGAUCGAAGAGGUACCUUGCAUCCCGGGAGCCAGCAGCAGAGGUGAUCCAGAGGCGAUGAUCGAGGUCAGGGGGGCGAGCGCGGCCUGGACUCCCGGCAACCCCGUCCUCGAGAACGUGAGCCUGCGAAUCCCGAGAUCCGGCGGGAGCCUGACUCUGGUGGUGGGGCCCGUCGGCUCCGGCAAAACGAGCCUCCUCCUACUCCUUCUCGGCGAACUGAGGACCACCAGCGGGGAGCUGGGCGUCCACGGCCGAGUGUCCUACGCCCCCCAGGAGCCCUGGAUCUUUGCCGGCAGCUUCAAGCAGAACAUCCUGUUCGGCCGGCCCCUCGACGAGGCGCGCUACGCCAAGGUGCUCGACGUCUGCCGGUUGCGCCGCGACCUCGACAACCUGAGCCGCGGGGACGCCACCCUCCUCGGCAGCAGCGACACCAGCACCGGUGGCGGGACGAGCCUCAGCGGGGGCCAGCGAGCUCGAUUGGGCCUCGCUCGGGCCAUCUACCGCGCAGCCGACAUCUACCUGCUCGACGAUCCGCUCUCGGCGCUCGAUCCCCUCGUCGGGGCGAGCGUCUUCCGGGACUGCGUCCAGGGCUUCUUGUGGGGAAAGACGGUCCUCCUGGCCACCCACGAGCAACUCGAGCUCGACCUGAUGGGCCGAGCCGUCCGGGUGAUCGCGAUGCACCGCCAGCCACACCGGAGCGCCCACGCGGUCGUAGUCGCCAAGCUGGGGAUCACGGCUACGUCACCGCACCAAUGGGACGAGUUGGCCCGAGUACCGAUGGCUGUGCCACCGACCACGGAAGACCGGCAGGGGAUGGAGACGGGCUACGACAACGGCAAGGGAGCGAGUGAAAAGCCGGCGGGUGGUAGCGUCUCCGGGCGGAUCUACGUGUCGUAUUUCGGGGCGAGUGGGAGCACGCUCCUCGUCGGGCUGGUCGUGUUGGCUAGUCUCCUGCACCAAUUGGCCGCCAGCGGGGGGGACUACUUUUUGGCCCGUUGGGUCAAUGCCGAGGAAAACCGGGGCCCGUGCGACAACGGGACUUGCGCAACCGACCACCACCACCGUGAGAGCUGGUACGUGUCGAUUUACGGUGGGAUAACCGUGGCCACGAUUGGGCUGUGCCUACUGCAGUCGUGGAUGUUCUUCGAGAUGAGCACGAGGAUCGCCAAAAAUCUUCACGCCAACAUGUUUGCCAGGGUCGUGGCCACGAACAUGGACUUUUUCGUGGCCAAUCCCUUGGGUCGCAUCAUCAACAGGUUUUCCAAAGACAUGAGUAUCAUUGACACGGAAGUAUCUCGGGCCAUGAUAGACGUCAUUCAGAACGCCAUACACGUGUUGGCUGCUGUCGUCGUCGUCAGUAGCGUCAACGUCUGGCUGAUCAUACCGGCAGUCUUGGUUGGCUUCUUUUUCUACUAUUUUUCCUUGUUUUUCAUCAAGACCAGCCGGAGCAUCAAACGCCUCGAAGCGAUAACGCGAUCCCCGGUCUUUGGCCACGUGAGCGACAGCCUCCAAGGAUUGACGAGCAUACGGGCGCUCGGAGCUGGAGACGCGAUGAUCGACGAGUUUGACGACCACCAGGACCUCCACUCUUCGGCUUGUUUCAUAUUUUUCUCGGGCUCCCGUGGACUCGGGAUGUACCUCGACCUCUUCUGUUGGUUUUACCUAGUCUGCGUGCUCCUCGCCCUCAUGGCGCUCGGCCGCGACGACGGGCCCACACCCGCGGGGAACAUCGGGCUCGCCAUCACCCAGUGCACGCUGCUCAUUAACAUGCUCCAGUGGGGCGUCCGGCAGUGCGCCGAGCUCGAAAACCAGAUGACGUCCGUCGAGCGAGUCCUCGAGUACUCGAGGCUGCCGCGGGAGCUGCUCGCCCCCACCGAAGAUGCUCCCCACCCCGACUGGCCCACCGACGGCCGAAUAGAGUUCAGGCGCGUCCGGCUCAGGUACGGCGACACCUCCGGCGCAGCCGCUACUGUGCUCAAGGACUUGAGCUUCACGAUUAUGCCACGAGAGAAGAUCGGCAUUGUCGGCCGGACCGGGGCCGGCAAGUCUUCCUUGAUAAACGCCCUGUUUCGAUUGGCUAGCUUCGAAGGUGAGAUCAUCAUCGACGGGCGGCCGACGAGUUCUGUCAACCUGUCCGAGCUACGCUCCAAGAUAAGCAUUAUUCCGCAAGAGCCGAUACUGUUCACGGGUAGUCUGCGCAAAAACUUGGACCCGCUCGGUGAGUACUCGGACGACGAGCUGUGGCAGGCCUUGGACGACGUGGGCAUGAGGCGAGGCCUGGACCAAGCGACCACGGGCCUCGAGACGAGGGUCGCCGAGGGCGGAUCGAAUUUCAGUGUCGGCCAGCGACAACUUUUGUGCCUAGCCCGAGCCGUACUCAGGAGGACCCGGAUCCUCGUGCUGGACGAGGCAACUGCCAAUGUCGACCCCUUCACGGACGAUCUCAUACAUAAGACGGUCAAAAAGAAAUUCGACAGCUGCACGAUCCUGACGAUUGCCCACAGAUUGCACACGGUCAUUGACAGCGACAGGCUCAUCGUCAUGGAUUCCGGCGUCAUAGUGGAGUUCGAUCAUCCAUUCAUCCUGUUGACGCAACAAAAAGGUCUUCUGUACGACAUUGUUUUCAAAUCUAACUCUGGGGCUGCCCAACGUCUUCUCAGUAUCGCGAAAUCUAGUUUCGACAAAAAAUAUCCAAGAAGCACAAAUUAGGUGCACGUGCAUACAAGUUUUGUGUGUGCCUAUAUGCACCGGUGCUUAUAGACAAAUAAAUGACAUUCGUCCAUCAUCACACUGACUAGAUUGUAUGACACCAUCUUGGGCAUUCGU